AUGGCCCACCAAGGCUUUGGCGGCAUCCUCGACACGCCACGAAGCAAUGCCGGUGACGCGACAUAUCUUAGCCGACUGCCCGAUAUCUCAGACAUUUCUCCCGAAGCAUCAUUUAUAGCCCCAGACAAAGAUGAUGACUUGCUACAGCGACUCCGCAAUGGCAGACGCACAGGCUUCAGAACGCCCCGCCGGAAGGGACCGCUUGCUGAUCGUCCAAACCUGCCAUCGAACAUUGGAGGCGGAGAAUUUACACCACUACUCAAGUCCGCUACAAUGAACAGCACACGGAGGAAUGGGAAAGAGAAUAACGCCGCCGCUACCACCACACCGGUCGCACUGAGGACAAUCGACGAGGACGAGAUGACCCCGAUGCCGCAAAUGGACUUUUCCGCCUACUCAGCACGCAAUGCGUCAUACCUCGAUACGCCACAAGUCUUAGCCAGCAGCAUCUCCUCGACGCCGUUAGGUCCCCCACCACGCAGGGAUGGAGACAUGGGCCCUCUGCAGGACGGAAAACAAUUGUCUCUACGCGAGCAAGAAAAUGUCAUUGACAAGCUCGAGAAGGAGAACUUUGGUCUCAAGCUUAAAAUCCAGUUUUUAAAUGAUGCCCUCAUGAAAGCAGGCCCUGGCUAUAAUGAAGCAGCUCUAAAGGAAAACACGGAGCUCAAAGUGGAAAAGGUCACAAUGCAGAGGGAGCUUCAACGGUUCAAGAAGCAGAUAACCACUGUCGAGCAGGAGUAUGUGGCAAUAGAGCAACAGGCAGCAACACUCCUUGCCGAAGUCGACAAUCUCCAAGCGGCGAACGACAGUCUCCAGGCAGCAAACGAGAAGCUCCAGACGGCCAACAACAACCUCGAAACGACUGUGCAAGAUUUACGCCAGAAGCACAGCGGCUUUGGGAAUGGCUUUGGGAACGGCUUUGGCCAAAGUGGCUUCGGGCACAGCGGCUUCGGGUUCAGCGGCUUUGGGCGUACCAAUCAAGAUUUUGAACGCCAAAAGUUGGAGGGCGAGGUCUACACUCUGGAGAAGAUGUUGGCAGAGGAAAAGAAGAAAGCCGGCGAUCUCCAGAAAUUAGAGGCUCAAGCUCACAACCUGGAGAGGAUGCUUGCUGAGGAGCAGAAGAAGAGCAGCGAAGCCGAAGAUGCGGUACGAGCCCAGUACGAUGACGAAAUCCAGAGGCUAGACGACGAGAUCUCGACCUAUCAGGCACAGAUGUCAAAUCUGAAGGCGGAAAUUCGCAACUUGGAGGCGGAGAUUUUGGAUCUGAGGGCAGUGAUACGGGAAAAGGACAAUCUCUAUGAUAACGACAGCACAGAGUGGGAGACUGAAAAGAGGAGGCUCGAAUCAAAGCGAGAGCAAGCCGAGGAAAAGGCUGCCGGUCUUCAACGCACAGUAGACCGUCUACGUCAAGCUGAAGGUUCUCUCUCUAAUAAGGAGACCAGGCUUCAAGAAGUGAUGCAGAUCGAGGCUGAUCGCCACCGGAGCGAAGAGAAGGUGCUAACUCGUCAAAUCGACGAUCUUCAGGAGGCGCUGGACACACGCCAAGGCCUUCUGACUCAGGUUCGCAGUGAGCUGUCUACUGUCCGCGAUGAGUUGCGCCAGGCGAAGAUCGACUAUCAGGCACAGGUCAACCGAGUCGAGGAACUCGAAAUACGUGGCGUCGCCGAGAAUAAGGCGUCGCAGACCAUCAAAGAGCUCCAGCAAAAGCUAAUUGACUUCGAGGACGAAAAGUCAGCUAUGGAAGACUUGCUCGAGAAGGCAGAAGAAGAUGCUGAGGAAAUGGCAACCCAACAUGAGCUCGCAAUGCAGCGCCUGGUACAAAAACUGGAAAAGGCCAAACGUGAGCGUGAUGCUGCCACCGCAUCUCGUACGGAAACCAACAAGCAGAGCCAGCAGUUGCGAAAGAGCCAAGCUGAGAUUGAAAGCCUCGAGCAGGAGGUUUUGCAGCAGGAGAAACUGAUUGAAAACUUCGUCGCUUCAGAGGCCGCCCUGCGGCAAAAGCUCGAGCGCACCCGCAGCGAGCGGGCGGCGUAUCGUGUGAGCGCCGAGAAGCUGCAGAAAGAUCUUCAACUCCUGAAGAGGGAGGCGCAGGAGGUGCAGGCGCAGCGUCGCCAUCGCGGCAGCGCGGACGAUGUGUUGAACACCAUUGUGAGGGCGGCUGAGAACACAGAGGCGCAGCAUAGGCAGAAGUCGAGCGACAUGAUGCUCCAGAUGGAGUUCAUGCAUGCCCGUUGGGAGCGUGAAGCGGCUCUUCGUAAGGACGUCUCGUAUGCAAAGAAGUUCGUCCAGCUGCAACUCGAUGUCGCAAUGGCCUGUAACAAAGCUCAAGUCCGUGAAUUACAAAAAGCCCGCGCCUACGUCCUUCAAAGCCGCCAUCCCGUUGUUAUACCCGAACUUCCCUCCUCCACCAAGUCCCCGACAACUCUCAAGGCCUUCCUCGUCAUGGCCCGCUUCAUCGCUCGCAUGCGCAUCGCUGCGCGCAACUGGGCUCCCCAGGAAGGUGCCCGCAAACAGCUCCGCCUCGAUAUCAGAGAGAAGCGCCGAGACAAGCGCUUGAAGCUGCUCAGCGCUGUCCCCGUCGAAGCCCUCUACUAAGCAUGCAUUGUUCGCAAUACAUUUGGCAUACCGAAUGCCUAUCUCCCCCUUUUUUGUUAUGAAAGACCAAAUACCCACAUAUAUCUUUCUAUUCUCUUUCUCGGUUUCUUUGUGUUUAUAAUCAUUAUUUUGGGGGGCGAUCCUAGAAUCAAUCAUCUGAUUCCUAACGCUAACGACUUCUUUCUUACGAAUUGCUUUGCAAGGAUAACGGUUUAUGGAUUGGUGAUGAAAGGUCAAACUAUGUACAGGAUAGAAGCAUCUCUUUUUUUGGCAUGGCAUAGGAUGGGAAUCGCCCGGUUGGAUCGGGCUGACGGUAGCAAUGGCGUUGGGGGGGAUGGAAAGCCACUGGAUUUGUUUUUUUCGGUAGUCUUUUUUAUUUCACACAGUUGAAUAUUUUCUUGUUUAAA